AGCUGGGGGAGGCGCUCCGGGAUACUGAGGGCGGAGGGCGGUGGCAGCGCUGGCGCUGGGGACCGGCGUGGUGGCUUCGGGAAACAGUUUGGCGCCGGCGGCCGUCCGUGUUACUCCGCAUCCCGCCCCGUCUCGGCACGGCUAGCAGCCCGGUGGCCACCAGCGUCCAGCAAUGUGUCUCACCGGCCGGGCGUAGCAGCUGCGCGUGCGCGGAACCGCCGGGCCAUGAGCGAAGCCGGCGGCCGGGGCUGUGGGUCCCCGAUCCCCCAGCGAGCGCGAUGGAGCCUAGUGGCGGCGACGGCCGCGUUCUGCCUGGUGUCGGCCACCUCCGUGUGGACGGCGGGGGCCGAGCCCAUGAGUAGGGAGGAGAAACAGAAACUUGGGAAUCAAGUACUGGAAAUGUUUGAUCAUGCUUAUGGUAACUAUAUGGAACAUGCUUACCCUGCUGAUGAACUCAUGCCUUUAACCUGUAGAGGUCGAGUUAGAGGCCAAGAGCCAAGUCGCGGUGACGUUGAUGAUGCCUUGGGAAAAUUUUCUCUGACACUGAUUGAUUCUUUGGACACCCUUGUGGUAUUAAAUAAAACUAAAGAAUUUGAAGAUGCAGUGAGAAAAGUUUUAAGAGAUGUUAAUUUAGAUAACGAUGUAGUCGUAUCAGUCUUUGAAACAAACAUCAGAGUUCUUGGGGGUCUUUUGGGUGGGCACUCCCUGGCGAUCAUGCUGAAAGAAAAAGGUGAAUAUAUGCAGUGGUACAAUGAUGAACUUCUCCAAAUGGCAAAGCAGUUAGGUUACAAACUUUUACCGGCUUUCAACACUACCAGUGGCCUUCCUUAUCCAAGAAUUAAUUUAAAGUUUGGCAUCAGAAAACCAGAAGCUCGGACAGGAACUGAGACAGAUACCUGUACAGCUUGUGCAGGUACCUUGAUCCUUGAAUUUGCUGCUUUAAGUCGAUUCACAGGAGCAACAAUAUUUGAGGAAUAUGCCAGAAAAGCUCUCGAUUUUCUCUGGGAAAAAAGACAGCGAAGUAGUAAUUUAGUGGGCGUGACUAUAAAUAUUCAUACUGGAGAUUGGGUACGAAAAGAUAGUGGAGUUGGAGCAGGGAUUGAUUCAUAUUAUGAAUAUCUGUUGAAAGCCUAUGUCUUGCUUGGAGAUGACAGUUUUCUGGAAAGAUUUAACACACACUAUGAUGCCAUAAUGAGGUAUAUUAGCCAGCCACCUCUUCUACUUGAUGUGCAUAUCCACAAACCAAUGCUGAAUGCUCGGACUUGGAUGGAUGCUUUGCUUGCCUUCUUCCCAGGCUUGCAGGUGUUAAAGGGGGAUAUUAGACCUGCUAUUGAAACUCAUGAAAUGUUAUAUCAGGUGAUUAAAAAACACAAUUUUCUACCAGAGGCAUUUACCACAGAUUUCAGAGUACACUGGGCUCAACAUCCUUUAAGGCCAGAAUUUGCAGAAAGUACCUACUUCUUAUAUAAAGCUACAGGAGAUCCUUACUACCUUGAAGUAGGGAAGACACUUAUUGAAAAUUUAAAUAAAUAUGCUAGAGUGCCUUGCGGAUUUGCUGCCAUGAAGGAUGUUCGUACUGGAAGUCAUGAGGACAGAAUGGAUUCUUUCUUCUUGGCUGAAAUGUUUAAAUAUCUUUACCUGUUAUUUGCUGAUAAAGAAGACAUUAUUUUUGACAUAGAAGAUUACAUCUUUACAACAGAAGCUCAUCUGUUACCUCUUUGGCUCUCUACUACAAAUCAAAGCAUCUCUAAAAAGAACACAACCUCGGAAUAUACAGAACUGGAUGACAGUAACUUUGAUUGGACUUGUCCAAAUACUCAGAUCCUCUUCCCUAAUGACCCAUUGUAUGCUCAAAGUAUUCGUGAGCCCUUGAAAAAUGUGGUGGAUAAGAGCUGUCCUAGAGGCAUCAUCAGAGUCAGAGAGGAGAGUUUCAGGAGUGGAGCUAAACCCCCUCUGAGAGCCAGAGAUUUCAUGGCCACUAACCCUGAGCAUUUAGAAAUCCUGAAGAAGAUGGGGGCUGCUAGUUCAAUUGACGCUGAAGAUGGGUUGAGGUUCAUGCAGGAGAUGAUUGAAUUGUCAAGUCAGCAACAAAAAGAACAGCAGCUGCCUCCACGGGCUGUACAAAUUGUUUCCCACCCAUUUUUUGGCAGGGUAGUAUUGACUGCUGGACCAGCUCAGUUUGGGCUGGAUCUGUCUAAACAUAAAGAGACAAGAGGAUUUGUUGCAAGCAGUAAACCAUACAAUGGUUGUUCAGAGCUUACUAACCCAGAGGCAGUGAUGGGAAAAAUCGCAUUGAUACAAAGAGGACAGUGCAUGUUUGCAGAAAAGGCACGCAACAUCCAGAAUGCUGGAGCCAUUGGUGGCAUUGUUAUUGAUGACAAUGAGGGGAGCAGCAGUGAUACUGCCCCUCUGUUCCAGAUGGCAGGUGAUGGAAAGGAUACGGAUGACAUCAAGAUCCCCAUGCUGUUCUUAUUCAGCAAAGAAGGAAGUAUCAUACUGGAUGCCAUCCGGGAAUAUGAGGAGGUAGAAGUGCUCCUUUCUGAUAAAGCAAAAGAUCGAGAUCCUGAAAUGGAAAAUGAAGAACAACCAUCCUCUGAAAAUGAUUCUCAGAAUCAGAGUGGUGAACAGAUUUCAUCAAGUUCUCAGGAGGUUGAUUUGGUUGAUCAAGAGUCUUCUGAGGAAAAUUCUCUAAACUCUCACCCAGAAUCAUUAUCUCUAGCAAAUAUGGACAAUGCUGCAAGCAUUUCCCCUUCUGAACAGACUUCUAAUCCCACAGAAAACCAUGAGACUACAAAUCUUAAUGGUGAAUGUACAGAUUUAGAUAACCAGCUUCAAGAACAAUCAGAAACUGAGGAAGAUUCCAAUCCUAAUGUUAGCUGGGGUAAAAAGGUCCAGCCUAUAGACUCCAUAUUAGCAGACUGGAAUGAAGAUAUAGAAGCAUUUGAAAUGAUGGAGAAGGAUGAGCUAUGACUUGCUAAACAAUCUGUUGGUAGGUAUUUAAAAAGAAAAGGUAAACUGUGUGUGGUUAAUAGACACCCUAAUACUAAGCAGGCUUUCUAAUGGGAGGCUUUAAGUAUGGUGAUGAACAACCACGUUCUGACUGGCGUAGUUAUCGUAGGAAUCUGGAGCAUGCUGUGUUAGAAUUGACCUUGUUUAAAACUGUCCCAUCAAAAAUGGAAAUCCACAGUUCCCCCUUCAAAUGCAGCACUGCACCACCCUGCAACACCUCAGGCCAGGGAAAGAUUACUGAGCAUUCCUGCGAACCAGAUUUCUGUAGUCUCUGGAUAGACAAGAAACAAAAUUCAUUUAGUAGUGGAGUGGGGAAUAGGAGUUUGGAUAGCCUUCUAAUUAAAGGAAGCUCGCCUUUCUUGGUUUGGGGGUUAGGGGCUCUUUUGGGAAGAUGCAUCCGAGUAUUGUGGCAUUCUGAUUAUGCUGCCUUCACAAAACACUCUAAGUGACCUAAGUGGUUAUGAAGCAAAUGCAUUUAUGGUGAAAACAGUCUUUGCUCAUCGCUUUCUCUUGUUUCAUUUAGUGACAAAUGAUCAAGAUGACUUGAUUUUUUUUCCUUCUUAACAAUGUCUUUUUUAUUUAAACCAAAGGUGAAGCCAGUGUACUUUCUCAGUGAGUUCUCUGCAUAAAGACUAAUCAGUGGGACCAGGUAAAAAGGUCAUAUAAUACAUUGUGGAGAUUGCUUACUUAAUACUUCUGAAAAAUGGAGUAAGGGAGAAACUAUAAUGUUGCAAUAUGAACCUCCCAUUGGGCCUUCCAUAGGGAAAGCUGUGACUACUCUGAAAUGGAACCUAGCAUUAUAUCCUUGUAGGGUAGAUUAUAAAUCGUUUCCAGUUCAUUUCUCUUAGAGGUGAUUACCUCUAGCCAUCAGCCUUACUCCAUCCCAUGUUUGGUAUGCAAUUUGAGCCACAAGGCUCAUAUCGCCAACAGCUAUAUACAUUUUGUUCCAUUUUUCUGUCUUACAGAGCCAUGAUAAAACUGUGGUUAGUGAUUUAAAAUUCCUGGAGUAACUACUGUUUUUCUCCUUUGAAACUUAGGUUUCUAAAGUUGCACCUAAGGAGUCUGUCACAUUUUCUGUUGAAUCAUGGUUUUUGUUUUUGUUUUUAACAGAUAUUCCUUCUGAUACAGACUUGAAAAUUAGUCUAUGGUGACCUGUGUUUAAAAAAAAAAAAGUACAAUACAAGUACAUAUAGCUAUAUAGCUUAAUGAGAACUCCCCCCCCCCUUUUUUUUUUUUUGGUUGUUGUUGUUGUUGUUGUUGUUGUAGUAGUAGUCUGGUGCUGGCCACAUUUAAGUCUUAAAAAUUUUUAAAUUUUGUUGUUGAUGUCUGUAGACAGCCCUGUAGUUGAAAUCAUGGCUUUAUUCAUUUUAUUUAUUUUUUAAACUUGCCUGAAUUAGUUCUAAAGGAAUAUUUAAGAGACGUAAUUUUCUUCUCUUUACCAUAACAUUACACAAAACUUUUUCCUAAAACACGGUUGUGAGGUACUGAUGAGCUAUAAGUGGAGCUGUUAAAAACAGCAGUGCUGUAUUGUAGUUUUGUAUAUUCGUGUACAGUAUGUUUAGAUCCCAGGUAAAUAUAUUCUUUUCUGAGAGGAUAAAUACCUGCAUUCAGAUAUUCCAGGUAAAUAUAAUUGAGUCAGGGAGUAGUAAAUCUGAUGGAGAAUUCACUUUGGGGAGGGGGAAAAAGAAUAGUAUGCAAGACCGUUAUUGGCUUUUAAUUAACCAAAAUGGACAUUUUUAGUCUCUCUGCAUGUGAGAUUUGGUGUAACAAGAUAGAACUAUAAUAUAUAUAUAGUAUACGGAAGGAUAGAUAUAGUGCUUUGUUCAUUUUAAUUGCAAAGCUACCGAAAUAGCUGAAGCUUAAUUACUUGACUUGCCUUGAUUUAUAGGACUGGGGCUUGAAGAAAAUGAGCAGAUGUUCCUCUAAGACAUUGAUUACAGAAGCCUUAUAUACAUGGAUUUGAUUUUGUAUUUGUAGCUGAAAGUCAUUGUUGUCUAAAACUAACUUUUCUAAGUUAUCAAAACAACCUAAUUUCUUUUCCAACAAGGAGAACUUAAUGGCAUGAAGGAUUGUGUGACACAUUGGAAAAGCCAGCUUACUGCCACUCUCUUCCUUUGGCCAUUAGAGGGAGGUGUUGCCUUUCAUUGACACUUAGAAGCAAAUUUUUCACUUGUUUAGAAAAGUAAAUCCUUAAAAAAAGAAAAGGAAAAAAUUUAACCAAUUUUUCUUAAUACCCAGAAGGAAUUAUACUCAAUAUUUCCCUAGUUAAGAAAAGAGGAUAUAAUGUUCGUCUAAAAAACUCCAACGUUGUAAUCAACUCUACAUUCAUUUACUUACUUGACAUACUGCCACAAAGUAGUUUUUGAGUUCAUUAAAAAUUCCAAAGGCAUUAGUUGUUUUUUUUUUUUUUUUUAGUGUUUGGUUUUUUAGUUAACUUCUAUAGACAUUUUAGUAACUUGCUAAAGAUUCAGGGGAUUCUAUGAAACCCCGAAUUUAGAAACAUCUGGUCUACCUCAGUUAAAUGUUGACUGCUUAGAAAUAUAGCCGAAGUGAUCACCACAGCCAUAAAAUUGUUUAAGAAAGAUUUAUGUAAUGUUUACAAAUCUGGAAUCAAGUAAGGAUUUUAGCUGAAAGUUAAGAGAUAUUAGAGCAAGUAUUUAAUUCAGGUAUUUUUAAGUUUUAAAACUUAACCUGUUUACCUACUAAAAAUAGCUAGAGUUUUUUUCUGCAUAUAAAAGUUCAAUUGAAAUGAUAUGCCCUUAUUUGCAAUACUUUUCCCAUAAAGUUUUAAGUGUGAAAGAAUUGUAAUUUACUAGAUAUGUUUGGUAUGGGAUAUUUUGUUAGGCAAGUUUUCUUGUUUCUUCUUAAAUUGCAAUAGGCUUCCAAAAAGAGUAUAAUUGUUUCAGAACAAAUUAACUCUUGGCAUUAUAUGUCUCCCUUUUUCUUUACAGUAUUAGUAAAAUGAAAAAUUGUACACUUUCUGAUUUUAACUUCACUAAUGUAAUUACUCUCUCAAGAAGCUUUUAAAAUUUAAAUUACCAUCACACAACCUUUUUAUAGUAAAGCCAACAUUUGUUCUCUCACCAAACCCCAUGCCAAAUUCAUCAUGAAGAGAGCUCAGCAUAAGUAAUUCAAAUACUGCUUAUAAUUUUAGAGGGGGGUAGAAUUUAGUAAAUAUUCCAGCCGGUCGUUUUAUGCACAAGGCUUCAGUCAGAACAUAGAAAAAAAAAAACAUUCUGUGAAUGAAAUAUUGUAUGUUCAGAUUUUAUAAAAGACAUUUUUAAAAGCCCGAUUUACAGCCGUAUAUUUUCUUAUGAUGUAAUUUAUGAAAAAGAUGUCUGUACUAACAGGUGCUGUAACACUACUGUUGUUGGAUUUUAUUGUUUGGUGAUAAAUGUAUACAAUAUUUCUAAGGGAAACUAUGUACUGUGAUGUAAAAGUCUGGGCAAAAUGUAUAUAAUCCUGUAUAUAAUUGUGUAUUUGAUUAUAAUUACUGAUUGUAAAGAUUUAAUAAAAUAUGUAAAUAUUCCA